GAGGCGGAGGAGAUACUUCGGAAUGCUCUGGAGGAUCUUGAGGGGUUAUUGGGUCCCAAUUCUUCUGACGCCUUGGAGUGCUUAUCCUACCUGGCAAGUGUGAUGCGUGACCUCGGAAAGUACGAUGAAUCGGAGACCAUGAAUCGGCAUGCACUCGAGGUGCGUGACAAGGUUCUCGGGAAAGACCACCCGGAUACCCUAACAAGUGCCAACAACCUGGCGCUGGUGCUGCAAUACCAGGGAAAGUAUGAUGAAUCAGAGACCGUGAAUCGGCGUGCAUUGGAGGGAUGGGAGAGGAUUCUUGGAGCAGGCCAUCCAGACACCCUCAUAAGUGUCAGCCACCUGGCUAUUGUGCUGCGGAGACAGGGAAAGUACAGCGGAUCGGAGGCAAUGAAUCGGCGUGCCCUGGAGGACCGGGAGGAAGUACUCGGACCAGACCACCCCGACACCCUAACAAGCCUCAACAACCUGGCUAUCGUGCUGGAAUACCAAGGAAAGCACGGUGAAUCAGAGAAGAUGAAGCGGCGUGCACUUGAGGGACGCGAGAAGGUUCUCGGACCAGACCACCCCCUCACCCUAGCAAGCCUCAACAACCUGGCUAUCGCGCUGGAAUACCAAGGAAAGUACGGGGAAUCAGAGACGAUGCAUCGGCGUGCACUUGAGGGACGCGAGAAGGUUCUCGGACCAGACCAC